AUGUCUUUCUUCAAUGGGUUACCAACUGGUCUCUCUGCCACCGGCGCUAGACGCAGACUCUCUAGCAUCGAUAACUUGGAAAGUGAAGAUACUUCAUCAUCUUCCUCUCCAAGCUCGAAUCUUCUCGAAAGACUCUUGUUGCCAUUAGAGAGAAUGCGAAUCGGAUUUCCAGAAGUAGCACCACGCUACAUGGAGUCUGAUUUCAUCUCAACGACUCCAUACUCAAUUGGUGAUAUGCACCUCGAUGAUCCUCACUACUCAUACAACACCCGUCGUCUUCGUUCACUUGAAAGACCAUCUGCCCCACGUCGUGGCUUGAGCCACAGCGGUAGCGUCCAGGCACCACCUCUCUAUUCCAAUAGUUUCGAUUUGGCAUCGAGAGUGGUCAGUGUUAUGCAAUACCUGUCAAUGAUGAAACUAAUCGUGUCUUCUCUGGAAUCAUCCGCUUUUGACGCUAUUUUGGAGAAAAUUGAAGAGAAAAUGGAUUUCACUCCAUCACACAAGAAAUGCCUCGACACCACUGUUGUCAAAUCACUCAAAUCCAUUCUGGAAAUGUCGACUCGCCAAUCGAAAAUUGCUCUCUAUAAUCCAGGAUCCAUAACUGCGAAAGAUUUCAAGAUCGCACUUCGCACGAUGUCGUUCAUGCUCCAAUCUCAGAAAAUGAACGAGUUUCGCGCUGAACUUCAAGAAGAAAUCAACGCAGACUGUGGUCGCCAUAAGAUCAGCUUCAGUAAGCUAAUCAUCGCGUUCAACUUCGCUAUCGAAUUGGUUAUCCCUUAG